AUGGACCCGUACUAUUGCUUUGGCGACGACUGGACGCCAGACACGUAUGAAGUCCCGUCGAUGUUUUCCGGGGUGUCUGAACCUCAGACUCUACCAGAAGAUGAAACCCUUGCGCCAAAUGCCGAUAUCCCCAGUCAACAUCAGGCGAGCGAAGAGUCGGAUGGUCUUUCGACUUCCACUGGCUUCCGACCUGACUACUCCGCUCAUCGCGAGGUCGUCCAGCAGUCUGCUACGACACCUCCUUCUCCUCAGCCUGCGAACACCGGAACUGGUCGACUUCGUCGGUCUACGAGACUAGGACACAGAGCUCCGAGCUAUACCACCUAUUUCGAGCCAGUCAUGGCGAUCGAUGAUGGGUCUGAAGACGACAUAAGCGCAUUGACAGUGGCGAAGGCGCGCACACGAGGUCCCUCUCGCAGACAUGUCAGCUCUUCGCCCUCAGAUAACUACACUGAUCGAGAAGCUCACACUGACACUGGAAGCUUCGGAGGGAGUCGUUCGGCCAUGACGGGCAGUUUCAGCAUCCAAUCACACACGAGCGGUUUCGUCUCGUUGGUUUCGCACAACCAAUUCAACAACAAUCGCGUGGCCCUGUUCCCUCGGGACGAACCCUUCUUUGUGGAAACCCCUACGGGCUGGUGUCAAGUUACUUUCACUGCACGUUCAGGAGUGAAGACUGGGGAAGAAUGGCGGGGUCUUCGAAGCAGGUUGACUGACUGCAUGCGUGCAAUCAAGAAUCACGAUCGGCAAUUUGCCUUGACAGGGCAGGUACAUGCUCAUUGUGGUGCUGUUCUUGCGCUUCUAAGAGCAAGCAAAGACUUCAGGACCAUGACAGACACAAACUUCAGUGCUGCCAUCAACCGGGGUCUCUUGAGGCUCAAUGAUGCACUUUUGGUUUCACAGAACCCUGCCUCAAAGCGAGCAUUCUCAGCGGAGCAGGAGACCGUGAAGUGGCUGCAGAGCUGUCUUUCGGCCCUUCUUCAGAGUCAUCAACUGGCGGAAAGCAAGCGACAGGAUGGAAGUGAUCCUAUCUGGCCAGACUAUCAAUUCGUCUACCUUGCUGUAACGACCGAGAAGAAUCCGGUCAAUCUUCCGCUGACCAAGCACCGCGCGUUGGCUAGAAACAUGAGUGGCAAAUCCUGGUGCAAGAGAUUUGCCACUCUUAACGUAGCAUCGUCAUUGACGAACGAGUCUGCGGAAUGGGAGAAAGUAGCCACAGCUACUGCGAGUCUUGAGCUAGCCUCGGACAAGACCAUGUCUAAUUCUGUGGCCUCGACACCGGCUGAGGGCAAGCCCCCGCAAUAUUUGUACGGCAGCAAGAGGUUUGUCCCUGUCCAGACUCCCCAUGGAUGGUGCUUGAUCGAGUUCACUGGACGCAAGGGAAGCCAGAAAGGAAAUUCACGCCCACAACUCAACAGCAGACUAGCAGAGAGUUGUCGCAACAUUCCCAUGCACGAUCCUACUCUCGAGCUGACAGGAAAGGUGCACUCGUACUGCUGGUAUACCAUCUAUCUGCUCAAUGAAAGCGAGCGGUUCAGAACUCUGAUUGACACCAACAUCAGCGAUGCUAUAACGACACGCCUAGACAUGAUCUUGACCGCUAUUUGUCCAGGUGCGCCCAAACCGGAACGAGAUGCUCUGGCAAAUGUCAAACGCUGGCUGGAAAUCUGUUUGUCGGCCGUAAUUUGGUGCCUAAAUCAUUGCGAAAACGUCGAUCCCAAUUGGAAGACUCGGGACUAUGUCAAGGUCGCAGACAUUGAGAUCCUGGGCACCACUAAUGUAGUAACUACACCCCUCUGCCACGACAGAUAG